UACUGCUUCAAAACAGAACUGAAUAGUAAAUUUUUGUAUUUUAAAAAGUUACUCCAAUGAUUUUAUGAAAUUUGAACAUGUUCCAAGCAAUUACAAAAAAAAAGAAAAAUAGUGGAGUACUUUGGUGAUUUCCAGCUUUUUGUUUUGAGUUUACACAUUGUGAGUGAUAUGAUAAUAUCUUGUGGAAUUUCUAUGGAAAUGUCAAAAAUAUUGGUCACUAGUAUUCUGAUACAAGUAGUAGUUCAAAGCUGUCACUCGGAAUAUAAACAAAUUCUAGAUGCGUUUCUAAAUCUAAGAUAUCAUAUAUCAAGUCAAUCUUCACAUUUGUUGAUUAGCUUAAGUGGAGACUAUAAAUAACCAAUUGAUUAGAGAAUUGAUUAGGGACUAUAUUAAACCAUAUAAGUUUUUUGUUUUGUAAUCAAUUAUGCAGGCUGUACUUAAACACUAGUGUGUUUCUGCAGAGUUAAAUUCUGAUACCUUUUAGAGAAAGCAAAGAUAACGUGCUUGUUAAUUAUGAUGUUAAAAGAAAAAUACUAAUAAAGUAAAAAAAACUAAGAGAGAUGCUGACAUCUCACUUGUAAUGCCUUUUUCACAUUUGAUUUUCAUUUCUCCUUUAUUAUGCUGUCAUAUCGAGUGAUCCACAUAAAAGGAAGUAAUUAAGAUAAUGUGAAAUCAAAGAGUAAAGAUUGAUCAGUCAUUCCCAUUGACAGCGUUUUGGAUAUUCACUUAUGCAAAUUUAAGUAUCCUUGAAAAGAAGUUUCAGGACAGAAAAAAAUUAUAAUGUCUUUGUAACAAAAAAAAAAGAAACAACUCUUUUCUGAUUACUUAUUACUUGAAGUUUUUAUAAACAUUUGCUAACAAACUUUUAAAACAAAUCAUGCUCAAACCCAGAUUUAGAUGGAACAUGUUGGGUCCUAAGAUCAAAAAGAAAACUCGAUUAAAGUGGUAAUGUCACACCAAGGAAAAAGGAAAAAAUACUUAAAGGUGAUUACAAUUAUUAUUUCAACAAUGGGAAAAUUUUAAGAUAUGUAGAGUCUAGGGAUUGCAUUUGCCGAGGCUAGGCGUGGUAGUAUUACACCAUCAAUACAAUUGAUUACUUUAAUCAACUAACAUGCAUGUUAUUAGUAGUAUUAAUACUCCAUUUAGUGACGAGAAAAGAAACGGUGGAUUAGGUAUACAUUAUGAAACGGGAUUUAAUGAUACUACUUUGGCAGAUUCUACUAAAGCAGCAUUAGCACGUGACAAAGCUUAGCAAAACUUAGCUUUUUAACUCAUACUUCCAUUUUCUCUAGUGGGCAGGGUCCCAUAAGCCAUACUCUAUGCAUGCAAACAGUACAUAGUUACGGAAUUCAACUUUCUUCCAUGUUAUUACACUCUAGUGAAACAAUCUAUUUUUCAUAUCAGAAGAAUCAUAUCAAAAUAAUUUCGUAUAUAUAUGAUUUGACUAUACCUAGCUAGGAUAAAACACAAAAUAAUUAGCCACGAAUACCGAUCGAGUAUCAAGUUAGAAUGUAACCCAGUGAUCUAACAAUAAAAAAUUCCUAGUAAUUAGAAAAAUGUUUAGUGAAUGCACAUGUAACUAUAAGAAAAAAACCACUCGAACAUGCACCAUUCAAUCGUAAAGAGCGAUAAUACAAUGUAAGGCAUGCGUCUCAGCCAUCCAAAUCAUUAUUUCCUCUUCUUUAUAUAUUAAGGUUUUUUAUUUACCCCAACACAUAUUACAACAGUGCACCUUUUACAUCCAGCUGAAAACACUGUGACGAGAACGGAAAAUGUAUCAUAUAAAGAUGUAAAUUGUAGUUCAGUGACAAAAAAAAAAGAUUAAAACUGUAGAGUUAGAAGUAUUGGGGGUAUAGAAAACUUAUAACACAUUUAUUGCAAUAAAUUCUACUAUAUAUUGCACAAUCAUAAACUUGAACAUUCCAUCUGAAAUGGUAUAUAAAUGCAAAAUUAAUAACCAAAUCAAUGUAAUGAGAUAUCUCAAUUUUACAAAAAUAUGAAGGUAAUGCAUCAAUCUAUAAACAAAUGGUCCGAACUCCAAAACUGAACAUAAAUAAUACCCUUUUGCUUUUUUUUUUCCGUUUUUUUUUUUCUUACUCUGCUUUACUUUUGGGCUGGACCCAGACACUGUGGUCCCUGGGCCUAGACUUAACCCAACGAUCAAAGACGUAAAACAUGAAUUAUAUUAGAAUUUUAUAAUAAAUAUUAUAGUCAGCUACUAUACAAAUGGCGACGAAAAAAACUGUGUUUAUUUAUAUUUUUCCUUCAAAUUGGAAAAACAAAGAUAUAAAAUUCCUGUUCGCAUUUACAUCACAAAACGUCGACGUCAUUCAUUUCCCAAUAUGUAAUAUCGAAACAAGAAUUUUUCGGAAUUUAAUUAAUAAACAUUUUAGACAAAUUUCUUUUGUCAUAUUUCUUCUAUGGACCAUUCUCAACGUAAAGUGAAUUACUAUGAAUGAAUCCAAAAUGAAUAGAUUUGUUUGCAGUAGUAUUCCAUAAGUGCCAAGAUUAUUAUUCUUUUAUUUGAAAAUAUUUGCUCUUUUAAAUAAUAUAUUGCAAAUCUUAUAGAUGUAAUGUAUCCAUUCCCAAUUUUAAUUUAGAUUAUAUGAAAAGUAGAUAUUUUAAUUUGACAGUAAUAGAAGAAGUAGUAAGAACAUCUUUAACGUUAAGAACCAAUAUAAGAGUUACCAAAAGAAAAAAUAUAUUAAUAUUAUAAUACUUUAUUUACUUUUUAUUCUCUUGUAAAAAGUAAAAGCAAUAACCAACUGACAUAUUUGACAUAUGUAUGUUUCGAAACCGUUUUAGAACCAUUUUUUUUCUUUUUCAUACCUUUUUCUUAAUUAAUUUUAUUUUAUUUUUGAAAUUUAUGUUAAGAACCUAGCGUUAAAAUGCUCUAACAUACUCAUCCGAGACGAGAAAAAGAACAAUUCAGUUAAUGAUUAGAAUCAUUACCACUACAAACUGAACAUUGUAAGAAAAGUAAUGAUCAAAUUUUUAUGAAAAACAAAGUUCUAAUGUAAAGUUAUACUACUACUCAUCAAACCCAAUUACUACUCGAAAGUCUUCAAUCUUCUAUACACAACUCGAAUCCAACACCUUCGAUAUUAUGACGCAUGCUAACUAUGCUGUCUGUUUCUCGAUGGUGUUAUUAGUUAUUAGUCCACAUAUUCAUCUCUCACAUGAGAAUUCGACUCAUAGACAAGUUAGGCUCGUGACAUUGACCGACUAGAGGAUGCAAAAGUAAACCAUCAGUUUCUAUCACAUUGUAGCAUUGUACUAUAAAUCUAACAUUAAACGAUAACAUCUACACAUUUGAAACCAAAGUUCAACAAAACUCUGCAUUUGUUUGAUAAAAAGUUCGAGGACUCUUUCCAAUACAUAGAUCAUCUUGUUUUUGCUUUAUACAAAAUAUAAUUCAAAAUUUUUGAGUAUCAAUAAAAUUAAAUAAAACAUAAUCAGUUUAUUAUAAUCAUUCUUGUAUGAUCAUAACAUGCUAUUUAGUUUGACGUAAUAAAUAUAUUAGAUGCCACAUAACUGUUUGCCUCUAUAAUCAUCUAGCCUUUUCCUAUCACAUGCCAUUAAUUGACCUAUGUGGUGCUGAUAGCAACGUACAACCAUGACAUUUCAUGAGAGGAUCUUAACACAACUAAAACAUAAACUUGCUCUUGUGAAUUUUGUAAUCUCAUAUAAGUUAACAUUUUGGACCUAUAUAUAGCUCCUUUUUUCCUUCUUGCCACAUUUAUACACAUAAAAUUAGCUCAUUUCCAUUGAUCGGUCCCCAAGUUUUCAAUGAUUGGUCAAUUUUUUCUCCCUUUUGAUAAGUAAUAUUGUGGUCCAAUAAGACAAGUGAAUAGGGUCCAUUUAGGGCUAGCGUACGUGGUAUAUCGCAUGUUCACUAUCACUUAUGAACGCAUGCAAGUGAAAUUACAUGCCAAAACCUAAAUAUACACAUGUAUAUGUAUUUUUUUUGUCAAUGACCCAAUAUGUUAUUUCGAUCACAUAUUUUUUCAAAAAUUGUUUGUUUUCUAUCAUUAUGCCCAAAGAAUGUUUGGUAUCUGUUUUUAAGGUCCUUUUUGUUAAUGUGUUUAUUCUUUAUACAAUUUGAGAAUUUAAUAAAGUAAUUAUGACGAUGUCAUAUAAAAUAAAGUAAUUAUGACAUGGUGGAUAAUCAUUAAAUAAUUGAACAAAUGGUUAUAAACUACUUGGAAAUAAAUGAAGGAAGGAAGUUACAUCUUUAUCAUAAAGCUGUAAUGCCUCGGUGUGAUUGAACAGCCAAAGAUAAGGAAAGAGUACAGUGGUCAUUGGUCAACGUCAGCUUCCCUUAAAUCGCAAAGUGCGAUUAGUACACUUAUAAUGAUCACUAGUCCUUUUAACAGUUUCAUAGUUAGCCUUUGACAAAAAAAAUAAAACAGUUUCAUAGUUAGCAAACGUAAUUACAAAAAGAACGUACAAAGUGGACUAGUGGAUCAUGCCCAUUUUCAUAUUUAUAGGCCCUUAAUUAGCCGACAACAUUUAGGCCCAAAUAAUGAUGAAGCCCAAUUUAAAAUUGGAUAAUUUGGAAUAGACGUGUAAGUGAAGAUAACCAGCAAUCUCAACCGACAUUGUUUAUAAAUCAAACCGGAUAUGAACCAAAUGCUUUGCUAGGUUUGUUGUGUCAAAUGUUUUUGACUUUUGACCAAUCUGAUUAUGGAUUGAAGAAUGUUAAAUAAAAGAAAUAGAAAAGAUUUUACAUUUUUUCUUAUUUAUAAAGCUAACAAAUCAAGCCUAAAGCAAACCAGGGAAGUGAAGAAAUAUGAACUUAAUAUAUCUUUGCUAAAUCAAAUUGGUUAUAAAAUUAGUUUUAGAAGUAAUUCAGAGAAUCAAGUCCAGAUUAUAUGACAGGUAUGGUCAGAACAAGUCUGGACAGGCAGGGAGAUGUGUACUACUAACAAAUCCAAAAGUACGAGACUCAAUUAUUAAAGAAUCAAAUAAUUGAGUUUUAAAUCAUGGUAACUAUUUUUUAUUGGAAAGUCCACAAAAACAAUAUUCGGUCUUACUUAGCAUUAUCUAUUACAAUAUUUACUCGUAAAUUAAGCUUAUGACAGCUCAAGCUCGACACUGACAGUCUCUAAAUUACAUUAAACAAUACAAUCCCCAAAAGAAUAUACAAACUACAAUCAUGAAUUGCACGAAAUGUAUGAAGAAAAAGUCUCACCAAAUAAAUUAUGUGUCUUUGAAAAUAUCCUACACGUAAAUUUGUGUAUUUAUACCUAUACGAGAAAGCAUAUCAAAUAUACAGUUGCAACAAUCUUAUACAAAAAAAAUCAGAAUUAUUAUCCUCUACCUUAAAAGAUAUCGAUCAGCUAUCAUGGAAGAUGGCUCGUCCUGUAAGAAAAACAAACCGCCUUCAUGGGGAAAACUCGUAACAAUCCUCAGCCUCGACGGCGGCGGGGUUCGAGGAAUCAUUGCCGGAGUCAUUCUUGCUUAUCUAGAAAAACAACUUCAGGAGAUCGAUGGAGAAGACGUGAGACUAGCUGAUUAUUUCGACGUGGUUUCAGGGACUAGUACCGGUGGUCUCAUGACUGCCAUGUUAACUGUACCGGGCAAGAAUGGACGGCCUCAAUUAGCGGCCAAGGACAUUGUUCCUUUUUACCUUGAACAUUGUCCCAAAAUAUUUCCACAGCCCGAAGGCUUGGCUGCUCUGUUACCUAAGCUUCCAAAGCUUCUGUCUGGUCCAAAAUACAGCGGAAAGUAUCUACGUAAGCUACUAAGUAAGCUUCUUGGAGAGACAAAACUUCACCAGACAGUCACAAAUGUUGUCAUCCCUACCUUCGACAUGAAGAAACUCCAACCCACCAUCUUCUCCUCUUAUCAGGCAUUGGUUGACCCUAGCUUGGAUGUCAAGAUAUCAGACAUAUGUCUUGGCACAUCGGCUGCUCCCACUUUCUUUCCUCCUCAUUACUUUUCUAAUGAAGAUAGUCAAGGCAAGACGACUGAGUUUAACCUCGUUGAUGGCGCGGUCACGGCUAAUAACCCGACUUUGGUGGCCAUGACUGCUGUUACUAAGCAGAUUCUGAAGAACAAUCCUGAUAUGGGUAAGCUUAAGCCACUAGGUUACGAUAAGUUCCUUGUUAUAUCGAUAGGGACAGGGUCUUCAAAAAACGAGGAGAAGUAUAGUGCAAAAAAGGCAGCAAAAUGGGGAAUCAUAUCCUGGUUAUAUAACGAUGGAUCUACUCCGAUAUUAGACAUGGUCUCGGAUUCAGGCCGUGACAUGAUCCAUUUCCAUAGCUCGGUUUUGUUCAAAGCCCUCCAAUCAGAGGACAAGUACCUCAGAAUCGACGAUGAUACACUGGAAGGAGAUGUAAGUUCGAUGGAUCUAGCAACAAAAUCUAACUUGGAGAAUCUUGUGAAGAUUGGAGAGAAGGUGCUGAAAAACAGAGUCAUGCAUAUGAAUAUCGACACUGGUGUCUAUGAACCCAUUACUGAAAAUAUCACCAAUGAGGAAGAACUCAAAAGAUUUGCGAAAAUUCUAUCUGAUGAAAGAAGAUUAAGGAGAAUGAGAAGCCAAACAAUGGUUCAAGAUCCAUCAAACUGAUCCUAAUGAAUAAUAUGUGGAAGACAGAGAUAUAUGAAAAUGAUCUUUGUGUGUGUGUGAUACUCGGCUAUCUUUUGUGCGUGAUUACUCGGCCAUCUUUUGUGUGAUUACUCGGCCAUCUCUCUUAACAAAGAUCUAUGAAUAAUGUGGUUUUUUUUAAUUGAACAUUUUUUUGUACUUUUCUUUCAACAAGUUGAAUAUUUGUUAUCCUCUAAAAUAAUUAAGUUUUUAUGGUU